GCAUCUCUUUGGUUUCUUGAUUAGGGUUUUAAGUUCUCCGAUCACAUCCUCGUCGAAUUAGGGUUCCUGAACAAAGAAACAGGUAUGUACAACGGAAUCGGAUUGCAAACCGCUCGCGGUUCCGGCACCAACGGUUACAUUCAGAGCAACAAGUUCUUCGUCAAGCCCAAGACGAAUAAGGUGUUGACAGGAAACGCUGGCGGCUACGAGGCGGGACAGGGUAUCGCCGGCGUCACUCGGAAACCUAACAAAGAUAUUCUCGAGCAUGACCGGAAGCGCCAGAUCCAGCUUAAGCUUGUUAUUCUUGAAGAUAAGCUCGUUGAUCAGGGAUAUACAGAUGAUGAAAUCGCCCAAAAGCUGGAUGAAGCUCGUACGACUUUGGAGGCUGCUUUGGCGUCCGAGGAUGCGGGUGGAGCCACCGCAGUAGUCAUCCACUCUGAUCAGAAGGUUUCAGAUACACAGACUCACCAAGUAGCAGCACGUAAAGAGAAGCAAAUGGAGACCUUAAAAAAUGCUCUCGGGAUAGUCCAUGAAGAUGAUAUGAAGAAGUAUGUACCUGCCUCUGAUGAUGAAAAGAUAGAUGAUGGUGAUAAAGCAAGAAAUAAUAAAAAAUAUGAUCCUCGUGUUGAUGGUAGACUUGAAAAAGAUACUAAAGUUGCUAAAGAUGGGCUUGACGAGCUCAAACAUUACAAGAAAAAGACAAGCAAAAGAAGAGAGGCUUCUUCCGAUAGUGAGAGUGAUAGCGACAGUUAUGGUGAUACCGAUAGCGAUAGCAGUAGGGAAGUUGUGAAAGCGAGUAGGAAGAAACCGCAAAAAAGUAGGGGAAGAAGUGACCAUGAUGAAGUCUCUGAAUCUGACUCUGAUGUUGAUACAAGAAAGAGCAGGCGAAAAUCAAGUAAGCACACCAAAGGUAGAAGACAUGACAGCGAUGAUUCCGAUGAUACAAGAAAACAUGCUCGAAAUGUGAAGAAAUACCAGUCAGAUGAAAGUUCUAGUUCUGAUGAACGUCCUACCAUUAAAAGUGGAAAGGAGAAGCAGCUUUCUUCCAGGAGCAGGCGACAUGAUUCAGAUGAUGACUCUGAUGCUUAUGAUGUGGAUAAAUAUGAAAGAAGACAAAUGGAGGAGAAGAGGAAACAAAAGAGAAUUGAUAGCAAAGUAGAAAAAAAUAUUUCCACUUCCAAUGACUAUGGAAGAGGCAUUGAUGAUAGGUGGGAUGGAGGUGGUAGCAAGCAUGAUGUGUUGAGUGAUACCAGUUCUGGUGGAGAAAGAAGAUGUGAGAAAGAAAGAAUUGAAAGGGUGGGAAGAAGACGGCAUGACAACGAUGACAAAGAGUCUGACAAGAAAGAGGAAGUGGAGAGGGUUGGAAGGAGGUCGCGUGGAAAUGAUUUUGAGGCCUUUGACAAAAAAGACAUAAGACCUAGAGAAGGGGAAGUUGAAAGGGUUGGAAGAAGGCAGCAUGAUAUUGACCGUGAGAUAAGAUCGAAAAUGGAGAUGAGAACAAGUGAGAAAAGGCAGCGUGAUAUUGAAGAAGAUGGACAUGGCAAAAAUGUAAGACGAAAAAAAGAGAGAGUUGAAAGGGGUGGAAGGAGGAGGCAUGAUAGUGAUGAUGGUGAGGAAUCUGACAUAGAUGUCAAACACACAAAUGAGAAACUUGGAAGGAGUGGAAGAAGGAGGCAUGAGAGCGGUGAACCUGACAUAAAUGUCAGUCACACAAAAGAGAAAUUGGAAAGGGGUGGAAGAGGGCACGAGGAUCUUAAUCAUGAACGUAUGACUGAGAUACCAGUUAGGGACGAACAAAGACAUAGGAGCAAGACUAAUGAUGAUGAAGAUGAAAAGUAUCUGGAGGGCAGAAAAGAAAGUAGGGAUGAAGAAGAUCGUCGGGGUAGAAAGCACAAAAGAGAUGAAGAAGAUGCGACAUUCAUAAAGCAUGAAAAAAUUAGGGAGCAUCAUGAAUCGAAGUAUGGUAGAGAGCAUGAUGAAGAACAUGGAAGUAGAAGAGGUGAGAGGGAUCAGUCGAAGAGAAGCAGAUAUGAUAGUGAGAGGAGGUAUGAGAGUGGGAAGCAUGACGUUGGACGUUCGAGGCACUGAUCCUUUAAUACGACUGUGAUGAUUGGCUGGCUGGCAGUAAAAUGUAAUAAUAUCUUUGAUGGAUGGAGUGAUGCAAGUAAUAUAUGAUGUUGUGAGAUUUAAAAUAUUUGGGUUGUUUGUUGAUAUUUGUGGCAUAUCAUCUUCACCCAUGGAUGUGACUAUUUAUUAUUUAAUGUUUUUGAAUUGCAUUCCUGGU